CGGAUUAAAGCUGACCAAGAUAAGUUAAGAGAAGAAGAAAUAUUCAACUUAAAAACCAAAAUGAAUGUGAAAUAAGAACUAUUUAAGAGAGAGCGAUAAACGAAUAUAAAAAAAGGCUUUUUUAGUCCUAGUGUAAAUAUUUCCGAAGUUUUUUUCCGAAAAACUGCUAAUCCCUAACGAAAUUGUGUAUAUAUAAUUAAAAUAAAUGCAAUAUAAUUAGAAUUAUCUGUAGUUGACAAAUAAGAUUGUUUUUAUAAAAACACGUACAGAUAACCAGACGUAGUACAAAUAGAGCAUGAUAAUAAAUCCUACCCAAAAAUAAAUAGCUUUUAGGAAAGCCAAAGGUCAUUCUGGUUACAUCAUGUCGAAAUGUUUUUAAUGAACGGUGGUACAGUCAUAUUUGUCGUAGACGUUGUGUUGUCAAUUCGUAUUUCAAUAUGAGCUUGAUAUUAUACAAAAGUAAUAUAAGUCCACCGGUGAGAACCGUCCAAAUGGCAUGUAAAGCACUAAAUAUUGAAGUAGAGGAAGUUGAAGUGAAUCUGCUUGACAGAAACUACAUGAAGAAUGAGUUCAUAAAGAUCAACCCAGAACGCACCAUUCCGACUCUUGUGCAUAACGGUAACGUGAUAUGGGAUAGUCACGCAAUUAUCGCCUAUCUAGCAAUACUGUCUGGCAAGGAAGAAGAGUUUUACCCGACCGAGCCCUUAAAACGUGCACGCAUUAAUCAGAGGUUGCACUUUGAGUCCUGCAAUAUAUUUGGAUUGUUUCGUCUGAUGGCGCGCGAGAUUGGUUACUUUGGUGGCAAAGGCGUGUCCGAUUUCAACAUUUCCGAAUCCAACGAAUCAUACGAACGGUUAAACCUGUUUUUAGAGAAAACCAAGUGGGUUGCCGGCGACGAGAUCACCUUAGCUGAUUUUAGCUUGAUUCCUUCAGUUACCACCAUGGAUGUUGUCGUACCGAUAGAUCCAAAGUAUACGAACAUUCAUAAAUGGAUUGAGCGGGCUUCCAAGGAAUGGCCUUACUAUAACAUUAACCAAAGAGGGUUGGAUGAGUUUAAAGUCGUGUUCAAUAGCAUCCGUGGGCAAGAUUGACCGUUUCUUUUUGGUUAUGAGGUUCAAACUUUUUAAAUAUUUUUUACAUUUAUAAUAAAAGAUUGAAUUGA